AUGGGAAGCCCAGCAAUUGGAAUCGAUUUGGGUACAACAUACUCAUGUGUCGCUGUGUACAAGGACAACAAUGUGGAAAUCAUUCCAAACGACCAGGGAAACAGAACAACACCAUCAUAUGUUGCCUUUACCGAUACUGAAAGGUUGAUUGGAGAUGCAGCCAAAAACCAGGAAGCACGCAACCCAGAAAACACCAUCUUCGACGCCAAGAGACUUAUUGGUAGGAAGUUCGACGAUAGGACAGUCCAAGAAGAUAUGAAGCACUGGCCAUUCAAGGUCACUAACGGACCGAACGGAAAACCGAACAUUGAGGUGACCUUCCAAGGGGAGAGGAAGACCUUCCACGCCGAGGAAAUAUCCUCAAUGGUGCUCACGAAGAUGAAGGAGAUAGCGGAGGCGUUCAUCGGCAAGUCAGUGAAGGACGUAGUCAUCACAGUGCCAGCCUACUUCAACGACUCGCAGCGCCAGGCGACGAAGGAUGCAGGAACCAUAGCAGGCCUGAACGUGAUGAGAAUCAUCAAUGAGCCGACUGCAGCAGCAAUAGCAUACGGCCUUGACAAGAAGAGCGGAGGAGAAAAGAACGUAUUGAUCUUUGACCUGGGAGGUGGAACUUUUGAUGUUAGCAUACUGACGAUAGAAGACGGAAUCUUCGAGGUCAAGGCCACGGCAGGAGACACGCACCUGGGAGGAGAGGACUUCGACAACCUGCUGGUGGAGCAUUGCGUGCGUGACUUCAUGCGCCUCAACAACGGAAAGAACCUGUCCUCAAACAAGAGAGCACUCAGGAGACUGAGAACGCACUGCGAACGCGCAAAGAGAGUACUCUCGAGCUCGACGCAGGCAACAAUAGAGCUGGACUCAUUGUACGAGGGCAUUGACUACAACACCACGAUCAGCAGAGCAAGGUUCGAGGAGCUGUGUAACGAGAAGUUCAGAAGCACGCUGGUGCCAGUGGAGAAGGCGCUUGAGUCAUCAGGACUUGACAAGAGGAGCAUCCACGAGGUGGUGCUGGUUGGAGGCUCGACGAGAAUCCCGAAGAUACAGACGCUCAUCAAGAACUUCUUUAACGGAAAGGAGCCCUGCAGGUCAAUUAACCCAGACGAAGCAGUGGCAUACGGAGCAGCAGUGCAAGCAGCAAUCCUGUCAGGAAACCAGUCGGAGAAGAUCCAGGAACUGCUCUUGCUCGACGUGGCACCACUCUCGCUCGGCCUCGAGACGGCAGGAGGAGUCAUGACAGUUUUAAUCAAGAGGAACACGACGAUUCCAACGAAGAAGAACCAAAUAUUCACGACCAAUGAAGACCGCCAGGAGGGAGUGCUGAUCCAAGUGUUUGAAGGAGAAAGAGCAAUGACGAAGGACAAUAACCUGCUCGGAAAGUUCCACCUCAGCGGAAUAGCACCAGCACCGAGAGGAGUGCCGCAAAUCGAGGUCACAUUCGACAUUGACGCUAACGGCAUCCUCAACGUGACGGCCAUGGACAAGUCGACCGGAAAGUCGGAGCACGUGACGAUCACGAACGACAAGGGACGCCUGAGCCAGGAGGAAAUAGACCGCAUGGUCGAGGAGGCCGAGAAGUACAAGGAGGAGGACGAGAAGCGCAGGAAGUGCGUCGAGAGCCGCCACAAACUCGAAAACUACUGCUACAGCAUGAAGAACACGCUCAGCGAGGAGCCCGCGAAGCAGAAGCUCAGCGCCGAGGAGGUCGAAAAGGCCAUGGCUGAGCUCACCGACGCACUCAAGUGGGUCGAGAGCAACCAGCUGGCCGAGCACGACGAGUUCGAGGACAAGCUCAAGCACGUCGAGAGCGUCUGCAACCCGCUGGUCACGAAGCUCUACCAGUCGGGCGGGGCACCGGCAGGCGGCCCUGACAUGGCGGGCGGCGCAGGCUUCCCAGGCGGCCAGGCCCCGCCCCCGUCCUCGGGCCCCACGGUCGAGGAGGUAGACUGA